UAUUAUUUAGUUUUUUAGCGAGUCUUUUUUACGAUUUUUAGAUGUAGCUGGUUACUUUAACGGACAAUUUUUGAAAUUUACUGAUUACGGGCAGUUUUUUAAAAGCUGAGUUCUAUUACACCAGUCACUCCCACGCCUGGGAGCUCCAAAGCCCGACCUUGUUGAAUCAAGGAAGCCUAUAGGCUACAGCCAGUUUGACGAAGUUGCAGCCUCUCUGAAAGGGUUACAGAUCCAUUUCUAAGGCUUUGGGAUUUACUUAUCUGGAUGACUGAGCAUGCAUCAAGACGCUGUGAGAGCCAUUAUUCACAAAUGGAGAAAAGUUGAAACACUGAUGAACCUGGCCUAGUCAAGGUCUGCACUUAAAUCCAUUUAAGAUGCAUUGAGAUAACAUUUAACAGGCCGUUCAAGCUUGAAAAAUCUCCAGUGUAGCUGAAUUAAAACAAUUCUGCAAAGAAGAGUGGGCGAAAAUUCCUCUACAGCGAUGAUAAAGACUCAUUGCCAUUUAUCACAUAUGCUUAUUUGCAGUUCUUGCUGCCAAGGGUGGCACAUUUAGCAGGCUUUUUCACACAGGGCUAGAUUUGGAUAAUGUUUCUUCCCUUGAAUGAAUGAAAUCAUACUUCAAAAAAUGCAUUUUGUUUUUACUUGAGUUAUCUUUGACUGAUAUUACAAUGUUUUUUAUGAUCUAAAACAUUUAAACGUGACAGAAAUGCAAAAAACCCACCCCAAUAAUCAAUUAGGUAUGGGGCAAAUACUCAGAGCACUGAGUGUAUAAAAUAUAUUUUAUAAAACAUGUAUAUACAGUCUGCGGUGUAUACCAAUGCUUUAACAACACGUUUUUAAUGAUGUGCAUAAAGCGAUAGGAACUGACACAAGUUUAUCACAAAAAAGAAAUUAUUUACUAUGACUGUACAUUAACGACAUGUGUAUGUUAGAUUUAAGUUCACUUAUAAAGCCAGAAUAGUUUUGAUUUAUGAUUACUGUACAACAUUGCUUACAUUUUUGCCUGCACAGCAAUAACUCCUAAUAAAGUUCAUGUAAUUAAAUGGCAUUUAAUCAAAUUAGUUUUCAGAUCAGAUAAAGGAAAGUCUCUGUCACUGGAUAUGAUAUGACUAAAAUCUGCAGAUGUGAUGAAUAUUAUGAAUUUUAAAGUUGAGAAAUGUUGAGAAAACCUCAUAUAUCUUUAUCUCUCUAACUUUAUAUAACUGGCAAAAGAAUAAAAGGCAUGUUUGUGUCUUUUAGUGAGUUCAUUUUUUUCUUCAUUUAGAGUAUCACCUACAACAUGAAUAUGUCAGUGUCACUGGAGUUAACAGGCCUACAUAAUGUUGCCACCAGAUGGCAGUCAUGAAGUAUUUCGGGUUCCUGUGGAAGAGAGAAGUUUAUGAGUUGUGUGAAGCCAGCAGGGUAUCAGUUCACCCUCAGCUCCUUUUCUAAUACAGACCCAAAAUAUAUGUGACAAUGAGGCUCAUGCAUGAAAACGUUAACAUUAAAAAGCAGUGGUUGAAGAUGUGUUUAGGUCCUCAAGACAAAGCACCAAUGUAAGAAUUUGAAAAUGCUCCAUGCAGGUGAAAGCCCUGCAUUUAGAACAUCAGGCCAUUACAAGGUAAAUCUACUUUUCUGUCAACAUCUAAAGUACUCAUUCUGCAGGAAAACUGAAAAAAAAUGUAUCACUAUGCAGUGUAACGCUAUUAGAUUUACACAGUGCAGCACAAUGCUCCACUGGGUGAGUGGGGCCUUUAUACUUUAAGUCCUCUCUGUGCCUCUGUCGGUUAACUUUCUUCAGUUUUCUUCACACAGUUCAAAAACAUUUUAAGCAUUUUAAGCUGAGUGCAUUUGAGUGUGCCUGUCCCUACAAGAUUGAAUUUUAUCAUCAUGCCACAUGACAGCUUUAAAAAAAAUUAACAAUACAGCAGAUGAUGGAAUAUCCUUACUUAAGAAAAAAAAGGCAAAUGGAUAAAUAAGUCAUCACAGUGAUCGCUAUCAGUCAUUCAUUAUCGAUAGAAGGCUCUUACUGAGCGCUCAUAUUUUUCUUUUGCUAUAUUACUACUAAAAGCAGCAAACUGUGUAUAGACAUAUUAACCUUUUUUCUUUUAUAAGUGUACCAACCCAUUUCAGCAAUAAGUUUGUUUUUGGUCUGAAAGUGGAGCUUUUAAUUGAUCAAAAACAAAAAGGUACAUCAUUUUUAAUAAAGUUAUGUGCAAUUUCACAGCAAGUCUGCCAAUAAUGUUUAGUCUUGAGCUCUGUGUUAUACCAGCUCUGUGAGACAAAAGCAGGCUAUCGGCCAUCUGGAGGAGUCUUUGGCCCCCAGAAGAUCCUCAGCAAUAAGAAAAUUGAAGAUUUUAAUCUGAUUCAUCAGCACAUAUGCAGCAGUUUAGGGCUGAGAGGUCGAAAUGUACCUGGUUUUACGUACUGUAUGUAUUUUAGUUUGGUAAAUAUUAAAUAAAUAAAUAAAACACUUGGUACAAAGAUUCAGUUUUAAUUGAUAUUUAACUUUGUCUCAGUGGAGACUGUGGCUCCCUCACAUUGAUCUGGACUAAAAUAACACUUUGACUCAUAUCUGUAUUUCUAUGAAGCUUUAUUUAGUCAUUUAUGGAUUUACCCAGGAGGAUGUUGACUUUUCCAACUCUAUAAAUGUUCUCUCACUGUCAGUCUUCUCCCUUUUUCCGUAGAAUUUUUAAUAACUUUAACUAUAAAAUCAAACACCUGCUAACAUAGCCCCUUCACCUUUAGAUCACUUCCGAGACUACCGUGCUUCUAAAUGGAUAAAAAAUCGGUGGUGUUAUCUCUUUCUGCCAGGAGCUGUUGCGCAUGAAUCUGUCCAAAGUCCACCCAUGGCUCAAAUAAUGCGACUGUGCCACAAAGCCAACGAGUUACAGAGAUAUCCAAAAGUUUUGUUGACCCACAGAGUAGUGAGUGAGCCGUCUGUCCGCCCAGAGUCGCUGUGGGAGUUGCACAACAGCAGAAAAAAAGCAGCCAACAAACAUAGCGUCCCUCUCUCUCCGUCUCUCUUUAGUUUGCCACAUUUGUGCUACAUUCAGAUCAUAACCCUGGGGUUCACAUCAUAUCUCCCAACAGUAAAUAUUUCAUACAGCCAUGAUUAUAAUUCGGCCCUAUCCGUACACAAGCAUCUGCAGCUCCUCCAACCUAACCACAAACACUGUGGAACAGUCACGAGAGUUUUGGGGGAGAAACAAACUGUGUUUACAGUUGGUAAAAAGAUUCGGACCAAUUUGUGAGUAAUUGUGAGCAACGCUGUUGCACUCUUUAUUCAGUGAUCCUGGAGGAGCAAUAUGUAGUUUGAUGUGUUUAUUGUUACUUUACUGAUCUAUAUGUCAUAAUUUACUUUUAAAUAGCUUUCGUGUUUUAUAGCUUUGCAGAGGAGGAACAUGAAGACAAACAGACGCAGCACAUUUGCUCAGAGAAAUCAUCAGAAGUUUACUCUCAUCGUGGGCACGAAAGUCAUGGUAGUUUGGAGCUUUUAAGGAUUUCUCUGAGCAUACAUCUUUAAUGACUUUAAAAAAUCAAGAACUGGGUUCGAGAGUUUGAAUUUAUUUUGGCUUUUCUCUCAUGGGAUCAAAAAUAUAGCAUAGCCAGAAAAGGCCAUUUUGCCAUGUUUUCAUCAAUAAAUGUUCACAUUUAUCAGGCUCUAAACUCUUGGUGCAUGUAAGUGCUCAUGAAGUGGAGAUUUCUGGAUCAAAGAAAAAGCUCAUUUGGAGAAAACAUCCUUUUUUUAACCACUGUGAAAUGUCAUAAACUUUGCCAAUUAAUACAAAAAUCAACAUGAAAUUUGUAAAUUAGCAUUCUUUGCAUUUAUUUUCUUAUUUUAGUCUUUAUUGCUUUGUAAAGUUAUUUUUGAAUGUGCACACCAAAAGCUAUGCCAUUUAUUCCUGUCAGUGAUGCCAAACUGGCUUCUCUCUAUUACAUAGUGGUUUCAGUACUUUCUCAUUCAUUCACGAGUUGACAUCAGUAUUUUUUGGGGUUCAUCCGCCAAUAUUUACUCACCUCUCACUCUUGCUGGUGUGACAGCAAAACAGCAGGAAGGGAAUGUUUACAAGAUGGAAGUGAGACCUGCUCUGAUGUAUAGUUUGGAGACAGUGGCACUGACAAAAAGGUGGCAGAGCUUAAGAUGUAAUGGUUUUCAUUGGUAGCGACCAUUAGGGAAGGUUCAGAUGAACUGAAGAUGUGGAGAAGAGUAAUAGUGGGUAAACUGGGGAAAGAAAGAUGUCUGACUGAGUUACUAUAUGUUUUAGACUGAGUAUUAAAUGCCAACAUUUUGGUUAUACAUUAAAAUAUUUCCAUGACAAACAUGAUGGAAGCUGGCUACUGAAAAAUGUCAGAUUAUAACUGAUUUCGGGGGUUCAACUCUUAAAUAAAACAGCAGGAGUUACAUGAAGGGACCGAGAGAAACAUCACUUAGAGGGGAAAAAAACUUUAGAUAAGAAGAAAUAUAUUAAAAUGAAAAAUUUGACAAUCAGAGAGCGGAUUCUGUUCAUCAAACACAACAGCAGCACAUAUACGUCUUCUGACUGCAGUGAGCCGAGCUUUCAAAUAAAGACGCCUGCUGGGAAUUAUGAGAGGCGGCAGUCAAGAUUCACCACGAUCCCCACUGUGAUUGAAAUGUUUACAAGACAAGUCAUGCCCUGGAUGUCAAAUAGCAACUCCUAAAGAAACAGAACCACUUCUGCAACGUCUCUACCAUUUUACCUGUGAGUACGUCCUUUUGUUUCCCUUAAAAACAGAGAGGCAUGCUCCAGUAAACCGUUAACACUCAGUGUGUCAUCAUUAUUAUUAUUAUGAUUAAUAAAAUCUUAUAUAUAAAUAUUUAGUUCAUGCAGUGUUUCAAAACUGUUCAUCAACAAUAAUCGCCAAGUGGUUCAUGAAAAAACUGUAACAAUGGGAGGAAAGUCGCCAUUUCAGAGCUUGUAUGGGGUGUGACAACAUAACAUAGUGACACACAGUUAAAACAAACAAACAAAACCUAGUUCUGAAUUUAGGAACUGGUGUAAACACACCAUCAGGAGACUGAGCUGACCUAAACAAGACCAGAACUUUCUGUAGGGUAUAAAAGGAAAUGAUGUCAUCAUGCAUCACCUGCAGACAUUCUGAGAAGACUCACAGAACUGACCUGGGUAAUAUUAGGCUAAUCCUCUGGUGGUUAUUUCAGGACAGGGAUUAAAUUGUAAAAGCAUGUCAUGCAUGUGCAUAUGAAUCCGUGGAAUGAGGCCUACAGGAGUUUAGUUUAUGUAAUAAGAGUGUUCAACAACUUAAACAUUGUGUGGUCCACAGUGCAAGUGUCUGAUAGAGAAAUCAAUUCAGAAAGAGUGUUGGGGGGGUUGAGAGAGGGCGUGGUCUCCUAAUCCAGAAUGAUCCUCUGAAUCAGUGUCAGUCCUGGUGAGAGCCAGAUUAAUCUACCAAUACCUCAAUAUCUGCAGGACAGAGGCAAUAUAAACCCAGGCAAAGGCCUCCGACAACAGAGUGGGAUCAUACAGUCUCUUAGACAUAAGCAAGCCUUUUGCUCCUGGAUUAUUAUCAAAGCAAACUAAUAACAAGGACAACAUUUGAGGAUUAUGGCGCUCCUGAAAUCAAGCUGGUUGUGGAGACAGACUUCUGUCCUCAAACGCUGGAAGCUUAACUGGUGUGACCUUUGGAUCGAUGGGAGUCUUUGCUUCUACAAGUCAGACAACAGGCGAGAGCUGGAGCAUCGCGUCAGUCUCAAACUAGCAUGCAUAGAUGUGCAGUCCGGUCAGGAAUGUGGAGGUGUGACUCCACCAGAGAGCAAUCCCAGGGAGAAUCUCAUCGUGGUUCACCUCGUGGACGGCUCAACACUCAACCUGUGUGCAAACAGUGAAGACGAAUCAAUAGCGUGGAAACUGACUCUGCUGCAGACCAGAAGAAACCCGGUGUUCACAUAUGACCCAUAUGAUGACUCCUACCAGGCUGUCCCCCUCAACAGCCACCACACUGUCUACAUAACACCUGGAGCAGGACCAGGAACCCACCAGGUGGUUGUUCAAAGGGACCCGUUUGAUGGCGUGGUGGAGCAUCUAGCACUGGGAAUGUUAGCAGGAAUGGCAGCCGGGGCAGCCAUGCGAUCCUUCCUUUGGAUGCCCUUGUUUUUUUGCUGAGAUGACUGACAUUACUGACAGGAGAGCAAAGCCUGCCUGUCACCAAAACAAGGGAGUUGGACAUCUAACGAGCAUGUGUAGAACAGGCUUUCCCAUCAUACUUGCUCUGAUAAAAAGCUGCUUCAGUGGUUCUUCUGUUUUUUUAUUAUGAGCAUAUAAAACCUGCGUUGUCAUCUUAAACGUGUAAAACACUGUCAGAUGCUGCUGCCGUUUGUCGUCUGUGUUUUAAAAAUACUGGCUGCUACAAUAUUAGAGGAACAAACAUUACUGUUUUAAAGCGUACAUACGAGAAUGUGGUUUUUGGGAGCUUUGUGCACUUUGUUCUCACUUGUCUUUUGUAAGUUUUGCUUUUACUUGCUGGUUAAGUUUAAGCACCAAAAAUUACUUGUUUAGAUUUAUGCACAAAACUCUUGGUUUAAAUGUGUCCCUUCACAUCAUUAACACUACACACUGUAAAAUGAACUGCAACAAUACCAAGGUUGUAGAGUUUUACAUGACCACUUAUGAACGUUUGAAAAGCAGGAAGUUGGUUUCAUAUACGAGUUAUUUUACCAGUGGAAUUCUAGACAAAGUGUAGUUUAUAAGAAAUAUUAGCACCUCACUAGAAAACAAGUAGAUAUAUUAAAAAUGUAGAGUAGAUAAAUUAAAAUUAUUAUAAUAUACUGAAAUUCACUUUUGUUUUCACUGCACAACAGUCCUAGCUAUACAACUACUAACUAGCACUUUUCAUAGCUCUCGUCAGUAACACUGCCUCGACGCUGACCCAAAAGCUCAGCAGGUCAAACUUCAAGGCCACUGAAGACUGUGUCUUAGGUAGUCAGCUUGCCUUUAGGUCAAAGCGUUUGAUGAAACCAUUGGUUUAAACUACAACUGCAAGUCCAACAACUAUGGAAGUCUGAUGAUUCCACCAAUAAGAAAAACAUUUGACACCCAUGAGUCAGUCGAGUUAUUUAGUUGAAAUUUUGAGAUAUUAUCCCCAAGCAAAAAAAAAGAAGUUGUUUUUGGAAGUGGAAACAAUGUUAAACAUAAAAUACAAGCUCUUAAAAUAAAAAAAUAAAUAAAGAGACACUGAAUAUUUGCCUAAAAUAUAUUUUAAAUUUAUUAUUUUAUUAAUAUUUCAAAAAAACCCCACAAAGCAUUUCUACUCUGUAUCCAUCAACACACUGACAAUGAUGCUAAUGUAAUCUCAGCAAAGAGUGAAAUGAGUCGUGCGAUUGUUCGGUGCAUACAGUUAUUGCAGUUCUAUGUUGCAUGCUACAACUAUAGUAUUAAAAUGCAAAACAUGUAUUAAAUGAUCACGUUCAAC